AUGGCUUUCCGCAACGGGUCCUUUGCGACCUUCCUCAUCGUGUGCCCAACCAGCUUCUUCCUCGGCAUCAUCUUCUCCCUCUUCCCCUACGACUACCCGAUCCUCUGGUCCACGACCCCGACGCCCGCCACGCACUUCGACUACUUUGAAUCCCACCUCCGCUUCCUGCACGCCUCCCCGCCCCUCAUCCCGCGCAUCCUCCACAUCGUUAUUUUUCUGGGGUUGGCCGGCCUCGUGACCAAGCUCUACCGCCCCUCGGAGAGCAACAUGCUCUUCGACGGCGCGAGCCUGGUCCUGUACAUGUGCGGCGUGACGGUGUACAUCGCGAAUAUCGUGAAGGGCCUGCGGCUGGUCAGCGCGGGUACCUACGGCGAUGAUCUGCUCGCUGCGACCGCCGCCGCCGCCGGUGCUGGAGCUGGAGGUGACGCGCCGGCCGAGGAAGGGCAGAUCCUCGGUCGCGAGGAUUCGCUGAAGGUCCUCGCGGCGAGCAACACGAUCCUGGCGCUGGUCUUGGUGGGGGUGCUCGUCUUGCAGGCGGGCCAGUGGUAUGCCGAGCGGAAGGAGGCGCAGGAGCUGGCGAGUUUCAAGGCUUCUUCCUCUUCCUCUUCCUCGAAGAAGGAGAAGGAGAAGGAG